AUGGCGGAAAAGAAGAUCAACAAUGAAGACCAACUGGUACCAAAGUUCUUUCAUGCAUUCCACACAGUUCACAGCUUGUUUUUAUACAGGAACCUUGAUUUUAUAAAAAAUAGUAUCUUUAUUGGAGUUAAUCGCAAGUGGGUCUGGGGGGCAAACAAAAGGUCCCAUACUGGCUCUGAUGAAGAGGAGGGAACCCGAGACCCAAAUGUUGCUCCCACUGAUUUUACUAGUCGGGAAGCUAAGGUUAUAAAUCAUCAACAAUUUGAUGAAAAGGCAAAUGUUUUCAGUUUUGCGAUUGUUUUAUGGAAGCUUGUGACAGCCAAGGUUCCUUAUAAGAACAUGACACCAUUGGCUUCAUUAGAAGAGGAUGCUGAGACGCUCUUCUCACCAUCGUUCAUUUCCAAAAGAUGGGGUUAG